AUGGCCAGUCUUGACAUUACAUCGCCUUCAUUCCAAUCGAAACCCCAACCCGCACGGCACAGGAUGAUCUACUCGCUGCUGAAAGAGGAACUCGAUCGACCUGGCGGAAUCCACGCUCUACAACUUCGGACCAAGACGCCGCAGGAGGUAGAGAGGGAGCUCGCAAGGCAGAAUGGAGCUCGAGGCGCGGUGUAA